AUGACUCAAAGUAAGGUAGUACAAAUAACUAAUAUCGCUCCACAAGCGACAAGAGAUCAAAUGCAAACUUUGUUUGGUUAUCUUGGAAAAUUGGAAGAUAUGCGUUUGUAUCCUACUGUGAGAGAUGUUGCUGUACCAGUGCAGUCGCGUAUUUGCUAUGUUAAAUUUCAUGAUCCAAUAUGUGUAGGCGUGGCUCUGCACAUGACAAAUACAGUUUUCAUUGAUCGAGCAAUUAUUGUUGUGCCUUUUGAAAGUGAAAUACCUGACGAACAACGGGCAUUAGAAUUGACUAACCAUGGUACAAUGGUACCGGGACUGUUUCCCAUACACCCAAAGUUACCUCGUAAUGUAACAAAUCAGUUGCAAGGCGUUCCGCCCAAUCAAGUGGUAAUUACAACUGAUCCUCGUCUUGUGGAGAAAGGACUACCAUUGUAUCCUCCACUGCCAGCUACUUUGGAUGCAAGGAAAGUUGAAGAAAUCCGCCGAACUCUAGUCGUUGUAAAUUUGGAUAGAUCUUUAUCUCCCCAACAAGUUAUUGAUUCCUUUAAUUCUGCUGGUGAAGUCAAAUAUUUGCGUUUUUGUUCUAGAGAUGAUGAUCCAGGCCAUUAUGCCCUUAUAGAGUUUUCUGAUCAAACUUCAAUAAUUGGUGGUUUGCAAAUGAAUGGUAAGGAAUUAGGUAACAGUACUAUUAAAGUGUACCAUUCUACUCAAGCAAUUGUUAAACCUCAGGCCAAAAGUAGUGAAGAUGUGCAAAAAGAAAUCGAGGAAGCAAUGUCUAGAGUUAAGGAAGCCCAGAAUCUUAUUUCAGCUGCAAUAGAUCCUGUUAUUGGUUUAUUGGCUGAUGACAAGAAAAAACGUAGUCGAAGUGGAUCACGGUCAAGGCGUUCCAGAUCAUUAUCACGCGGGAGACGAAGAUCUCACUCUAGAAGCCGUAGGUCUCGAUCAAGAUCCAGAAGGAGAUCACGUAAUCGCCAUUCCCGAUCUCGUUCACGAAGGCGUUCACAUUCCAGAUCAAAACAUAGAUCGAGAUCAAGGGAUAGAAAACGUAGAUCGAGAUCUCCACGGCACCAUCGUUCCCACAGCAGGUCUCGCUCUAGAAGUAGGCGACGUUCCAGAUCACGAUCAAGAUCAUCUCAUUCUAAAUCAAAAUCAAAAUCUUCCAAAAAUUAUGACAGAAAAGAAAGGAAGGAUGAUAAAAAGGAUUCAAAAAAAGAUAGUGAUAGAAGAGAUGGAGAUUCCAAAACAGAGGAUGGGAAAGAAACAGUGGAAGGAAAGGAAAUUAAAGAUUCAGAAAGUAAAGAUGAAAAAGAUAAAGAUGUAGAAAAAAGUAAAAGUAAAGACAAAGAUAAGUAUCGCGAGAAGUCAAAAAGUUCUCGAAAAUCAUCAUCACGGUCUCCUUCAAAAUCACGUCAUAGAUCACCUAGACGUAAGAGUCGUUCACCAAGUAAGAAACGAUCCCCAACACGAAAGAAAAGUCCUCAUUCAAGAAGGAAGAGUCACUCUCCAUCGCGCCGUAGGAGUUCUUCGCAUUCAAGAAGAAGAAGCAAAUCUCCUCGAUCCAGUCACAGACAUUCUCCUGCUCAUCGUUCCCCCAGUCACUCAAAGUCUCGCAGAGAUGAUAAGAAGAAGGAACGAGAGCGAAGUCAUGAUCAGGAGAAGCAUGAGAAAGAAGAUAAAAAGAGGAAAGAAAAGAAGGAUGACAAAGAAGAUAAAGUUUCAACAGCCAAAAUAUCACGUAAUUAUGACGAAGAAGCAAAUGGAGAUGGAUAUGAUAAUAACGAGCAGGAGCGAAAUGAGGAAGAUAAAUCUGAAUCUAAUACAAAUGAUGAGCAUGUGGAUGGGGAAGCUAAUCAAUCAAAUGAUCAUAAUGAAAAUACAUCUCCUUUGGGAGAAGGAAAAGAGGGGAAACAGAAUUCUGGAUCAGCUGGUGAAUCUAAUGCUGAUGAUAUGGACAUUUCUACUUCUCCAUAA